AUGCCACAUCUAAAUACUGCAAUAGACAAAAUCUGGGAAGCAAUAAUUUUGAUGGAAGAGAUACCAGAACCACCAAAUAUGGGAAAUGAGCCACCACCAGGAAGGAGAAGUGGAUAUUUCUGUGCAUAUCAUCGCUUCCAUGGCCACACGACAAACAACUGUAGGAAUGUGAAGAAAAUCAUACUAAGAAUGAUUGAUCAGGGGAAGUUAAAUCAUUUUCUGGUACAACAACCACAUAAUUUACCACCACCACCAUCACCAGAAGGUCAUGCAGCCGGUGCGGAGAAAGGAAGGAAUACAUGUUUGAUUGAAGUAGGAGCAAAGGAAAAGAAUCUAUAUGAAGAAGUACCAAGAGGAGUAGAACCGCAUGAAAAUCCAUUAGUGGUUAAGCUAGAAAUCAAUCCUAAGGAAAAAGAAGAUGAAGAUGAAGAAGAUAACAUGGACACAUGGGUCAUCAAUAUGAUAUUGAUUGAUCCUUGUAGUUCAGUUGACUUUCUGUUUUAUCACACAUACAAGACUAUGGGUGGUAGAGAUGAAGAGCUUAUCCCAUUAACGUAUAAGAUUUACGGUUUCAAUGGAACAGCUAACAAGCCAAAAGGAGAUGUAACAAUGCGAAUUCCUCUGAAGAGCAUAUCAUCUGAAAUAGUAUUCUGCGUUGUUGACGUAGAAUCACCCUAUAAUUCUUUGAUCGGAAGACCGUGGUUACAUGGUAUUCUAGGAGUGGCGUCCACUUUCCAUCAAUGCAUCAAGUUCCCGCUCCCUCAAGGUAUUGGAGUAAUAAGAGGAGAUUUAAUUGAAGGAAAAACCUGCCAUGAAAUAGAUGUUGACAAAUGUGAAGAACGUGCAAGCAAGAGAAGAAAUUGGAAACAUCAGAUACAAGAAGGUCAGCGAGGUGAAAGAUUAAUAGUAGAUGUUGUCAGUAAGGAAGGUGAAGUAAGAAAUACUUCCACAUAG